GUCAAGGAGAGGAUUAAAUUUGCAGAGAGAAAGAAUAUGCUGGAGGCAGAGAUUAAGGAAACCAUGAACAGCAUUCAGCAACAGAAGAAGACAGACACCAGCAUGUGCAGAGGGCUGAAUGUGAUUUCUGCAGUGCUCAUCAAUAAAGAUGAGCAAGUCAAAGACCUUUCGAAACGUAUCUCCAAGUUGGAGAAAAACAUAACCAGGUUGACCGCAUCCCAGCUGAAAUGCCACGAGGAGCAUGAACAUAAGUGCAAAAAGUCAGAGGAGAUAGCAAGGAAAAGAGAGCUCUAUGAAAAAGAACUGCAAGAUGUGAGAAAGACAUUUCAACAAAAAAUUAAAGCCGUUCGAGAGAAAAUUCCAGAGUUGGAAACUGAGAUAGAGGAGGGACGGAAGGUAAACAGUGAUCAUCUAGAGUCCAUUACCAAGUUGUCAAGUACCUUUUGUGUUCAGAGGAGAAGGGAAGAUGAAGCCCUGGAGGAGCAGCGCAAGCUAUCAAGACAAUUAUCAAAGUCUAAGCAAAGACUUGAGGAGCGCAUUGCUUCCAUUGCCAAGUAUAAUCUUGAAGUCAAGGAGAUGGAGGAGCAGAUGAAACAGCUUCAAGAAACCAAUAUAGUCAGUACUGAGAUGUUUCAGAAGAAUGUGGAGGAGCUUGAGGGACAGUUGUCCAAAGAGAGGAUGAGCAGGGUAGUGUUUGAGGUCAAAAGGGAUGAACUGUCUCAGUCUCUGGAGAGCCUCAAAGAUCAGCACAAACAUCGUGUGGGAGAACUCAGCUCUAUGAUUGCACUAAUGAAGACAAGACACAGAAAGCUACAAGAAGAGGAGAAGAAACUCCAAGAUCAUGUAGCUAUGAGCUCUUUAAUUGAGCAUCUCACAAACAAAGUCACAAGUGCUGAAGAAGAAUGCAGGCAGAUGGAAACUGACUACCAAGCUGAAAUACUUCAGCUCACUAUGGAUGCUGAAUUGAUUACUCAAGCUCGACUAGAUGAAGAAGAGACACUCAAGGCCAAAAGGUCUGUGCUGCAGCAGGUUGAGACUCAGUAUGAGACACACCAUACCAGGCAUCAGACACUCCAAAAACAAACAACUGAAUUAAACAGCAGAAAAAAUAAUCUGGAAAUUUCAAUUCAGGAGGUCAAAGAACAGACUGCAACCCUCCUUGGAUCAAAGGUGGAGAUAAAGCAAGAGCUGGAGGCCUUACGGGCCAAGCACAGGGAGACGCUGGCCAAUCAGGCAGCAGAGAUCAGUGCCACAGAGAAAAGCAUCUAUGAGAAUGGGCUGAUGCUGGAACAAGUUAACAUGGAAAACAGUCGUCUACAUCUAUGUAUCGAGCAAUUGAAGGAGGAAAUCUCAAAUGCAAAGAAAGACAAGGAAAAAUAUAUGCAAGAGAUGACCUGGAUGCAGCAAGAAGUGCAGGCUCUGUGUAGGAGUCUGAUGGAGGACUGGGUCAUAGAUAAACUGGUUACUGAGGAAUCUACAGAGAGAGACAAAAAGGUCCUUGAAGGCAUGCAUGGAUUUAUGGUCAUGAUUCGUACGAGGAUGCACCAAAUCGGGGAGAUCAACAGCCGAGUGGAGAAGGAGCUAGCAGCCAUGAGCUCCCUUUGGGAGAACACUAAACCUCAAUAGAAAUGCCCAUAAAGAAGUCCAGCCAUUAGAAUGGGGACCAGCUCGUUAAGUUCUAACAUUAGUGCCGUAGCUGUGUGCCAUUAUAUAAAACAGAGGCACGUAGUGCAGAAUCAGACAAGUCAUUGGAAUCAGCGAGGAUACCUAGGA